CGACAAAGUACGCAACGUGCCAGCUUGUUCAGAAACCAGACUGUAGACAUACAGAAUGUCUCAGCCAGAGGUUAAGAAGAAGAAGAGGCCAGUUGUGAAGGAGGAGGACCUGAAAGGAGCCCGCAGUAAACUGGGGCUAAAGGGAGAGAUCAAGAGCAAAACAUAUGAGGUCAUGGUCGAUUGUGAGCACUUGGGGAAGGUGGCGCCGUCUGUUUUCAGUGGAGUACGAUCUGGAAGCGAGACCGUGCUUGAGAAACCCAAGCCUCCAUCAGGAAACGUGUUUGGCAAAUGAGCGCAGAAUGCAU